GAACCCGGAAUAUUUAACCAGAGAGACAGCGCCGUCACAACCCUUAAUAAAUGUAUUUGCUGUGCGUUGCUUCCUCGAAGGACCGAGUUGGAGAAUUUUGAAACGUCGCAAUUUUGGAGCGCUGUUGUUGUUUUUUUCGUCAAUCUUAUACGACGCCAAUUCACCUACGACGACUGGAAAUGACUCAAGUAACAGCCUUGGACGGUGGAGACGAAGUGGAAGUGAAGUCGAAGUAUGAAAAUCGAUGCCCAGCCGAUCCGAGAAAGUGUUGAUUUGCCGAGAAGUGGUGGAAUAUUCGUGACCAGCAAUUUGCGAGGAAAAGUUGCCGUUUUGGACUUACUCACACUGAAAUAUCAGGGAACAUGGGAAAGAAAGGGAAGGUGGAAGACGGGCAAGCCCUGACGGAAGGUGAAGAAAAGCCAAAAUACGGAACACCAAAGAAAUUUGACCCAACUUUUAAGGGGCCUAUUGCAAAAAGGAGUUGCACAGAUGUCAUCUGUUGUAUUAUAUUCAUUGCCUUCCUGGUCGGUAUGGGCGUGGUUGGCUAUUUUGCUUACAGAGAUGGGGAUCCUCUGUCUCUGGUCUAUCCCACCGACUCCAGAGGACAGAUCUGUGGAGUUUCAGAGGCCGUCAAAGAUAAGCCCUAUCUGAUGUUUUUUGACCUCUUGUCUUGCGUGGCAUCGCCCUAUACCACUCUACUCGAGUUCAAGUGCCCAACGACACAGAUUUGCGUAACUGCGUGCCCCAACGAGACCUUUGCCCCAUACUCGCAGUUAUUCCUCGGGGCGGUAUCGCCGUCGCUGGUGGAUUGGGACAAGUUUAUCUGUGACUACGGCUUCAACCCACAGUCUGAGUACACCACCGGCUCCUACCAAGGGACCGAUGGCUUGGCAGCCAUUUUCAGUGAUGACAAGUGUGCAUCCUACUACCUAGAAAGCACUGCAUAUGCCUCCCGUUGUCUCCCGUCCUUCCUCGUCGAUUCGGCCAGCGACGUAGCCAGCGCCUUCUCCUCCCAAGAAACCAUUAACACUGCUAAUGGGGAAUCUUUCAACAGCUCGACAGCCUACCAACUCUUCUCAAAUGCCGCCAGCCUUGUAUUGACCUUCACGUCCUUAGUUGAAAUCAUUUUCGAAGAUGUUGUUGCCUCUUGGUACCUCAUUGUGGGUGGACUCGGCAUUGCCAUGCUACUGUCUCUCCUGUUCAUCAUCUUGAUGCGUUGGCUGGCGGGCAUCAUCGUCUGGCUGACGUUACUCGGACUGCACGUCCUGCUGGGUCUUGGUCUGUAUUCCUGCUGGCAACAGUACACCAGUCUAGCUGGGGUGGAUGGGGCCGAUGCGGCCCUCACGUUCACCAGUGAUCUCUCCAGCUAUCUACGACUACAGCAGACGUGGCUCAUUUUCGGUAUCAUCCUGGCCGUCCUAUUGGCCAUUUUGCUGCUGACGACGCUGUGUCUCUGCAAUCGUAUCCGAAUUGCAAUCUCCCUCAUCAAAGAGGGAAGCAGGGCCGUCGGAAAGAUGAUGUCCACUCUACUGUGGCCUUUGUUUCCCUACAUCCUGCAGGCUGGUUUCUUCGCCAUCUGGGCCACCAUCGCUGUCUUCUUGGCCACGUCUCAUCAGGCCGUCUACACAGUUUCUAACGACAAUGACACAGUGCCACCAGCUAAUAAUGAUUCCUGUGACAUCACUACAUUUGCCACGGAAUUCCCCAACACCACUGCCGUCUGCACCUUCCAGUCCUAUGCCCUGGCUGACUACGUCCUCUACCUCCAGAUCUACAACCUCUUUGGCCUGUUCUGGCUGGUCAACUUCGCCAUCGCCCUGGGCCAGGUCACCUUGGCCGGGGCCUUCGCCUCUUACUACUGGGCCUUCACCAAGCCCCAGGACAUCCCGGCAUUCCCUCUCAUUAAAUCUUUCUACCGAGCUAUCAGAUACCAUCUUGGCUCCAUAGCCUUUGGUUCCCUCAUCAUAGCACUCAUCCAGAUCGUACGAACCAUGCUGGAGUACGUCGAAGCGAAACUCAAGGGGAAGGAGAACCAGGUGGUGAAGUUUUUACUGAAGUGCCUGAAAUGUUGCUUCUGGUGUCUGGAGAAGUUCAUGAGAUUCCUGAACAAGAACGCCUACAUCCUGAUUGCCGUGUACGGCGAAAAUUUCUGCACGUCGGCGAAGAACGCGUUCUUCCUGCUACUCAGAAAUAUUGCGAGGGUGGCUGUCAUCAACAAGCUGACCGACUUCUUGAUCUUCCUGGGUGAGCUGUUCGUCGUCGGUGCGCUAGCCGUCACGUCCUUCUUCUAUUUCACCAACCAGAUCACCUGGGUCUCCAACUACAUCACCGUCCCCUCUCUCAACUACUACUGGGUUCCCAUCAUUAUUAUCACCAUUGGGACCUACUUCAUCGCCAAGUGUUUCUUCAGUGUCUAUGACAUGGCCAUCGACACUCUCUUCCUGUGCUUCCUGGAGGAUUUGGAACGGCACGAUGGCUCGCCCGAAAAGCCUUACUAUAUGUCCAAGGAGUUGAUGGGAAUCGUGGGCAAGCAGAACAAGUUCAAAGACGAAUAAUGGAUCGCCAUGGAGGUGCCUUUCCAACUUAAAAGAGUUGUCCGCCUAAUGGCAAAAAAGUAGUUGAGAACUAAUGGCAAUGUUAUUAUUUUUCUUGUAAAUGAACCCCCUUCAACUUCAGGAUGGACGUCGGUUCAUUGGAGUGUUCUGAAGCUUUUUUAAAAAGUUAUGAACACAUGAGAGAAGAAACAGAGGCUGGAUUAUUUUAUUUUGGGAGAGAGAUCGAAGUGAGAAAUUGUGGAAAAGGGGAAUAGUAAAUCCUGGCUGAGUUCGAAUAGUUCAGAGAAAUUUGUCAAGAAUGCUGGAGAAUUGUGGAUGUUGGAGCUUCUAUACAGUUACAUGUGCUGAAAUGCUAAGAGGUUUUUACAAAUUAAAAAAAAAAUUCCAGCAUAUGAUUCAAUAUUUGGACAAGCUGCAGAAACUUGUAAGAGUUUUGAAUAUCAACUGUUCCCUAAAUUGAAUUCCAAACCUGUAUUCAAUUUGAAAUUUGCUGAAAAGAGAACUUGUUCAAGUUGAACGUCUGAAAUGUUAUGACAAUCAUUGGGAGGGAGAUUGAGUUUCUCAACACAUGCUCUUGGCGAGUGCCUUAACCAAUCUAGAGGGAUUCUGUUUAACGUACUCUACCUCUCUUUUCUAAAAACUUUUAUCUACACACAGAGAAUUUCUGAUGUCGAGUAUUUUGACGGACAGUAUGGCGGCAUAUUUUGUCACUUUUAUGGAAUGAAAUUUGUUGCAGAUAAGGGAAAAACCUUGAAAGAUGUUAACUUCCUCUUCACUUUCAAAAAAAAAAGCAUUGGUUGAGGAAAAAACUUGCAACGCAAAUGAAAUUUAUGUAUUUGUUGGAGUAAGAUUCUUUAGAAUGUAAUGUUUUAUAUUUUUUUCCUAAGUUUUGGAGUGUUGGAAGAUUCUUUUAAUAGUGUAAACUCAAUAUUUGAAAUGAAUAUUUCUGGGGCUUUACCCAGAGGCAUAAUAUACUAUUUAAGAACAGAUAGUAUAUAAAACAAAUACCUUCAGGUGUGUCCUGAGAGAAAUUUUAGCCUUUUAUCACUCUGAAUAAAAAGUUCUUAUUUUUCUACUCGUUUUACACUAGGCUCGGUAGAAAGGAUUUAAACAUGUUUUGUUUUCUUGAGGUAGAAAUUUUCUGCCUUGCUGCUUCAGUGUGUACAUAUUUUCUCUGAAAUUUAGAUGCACUUAAGAAAAAAAUCCAGAUUUGUCAAAACUUUGGUUUUAACCAAAGCAGACUUUCAAGUAGAGAAUUUCUCCUAAGAGGUUUCCUAUAUGCCAACAAUUUUUUGUAAAAAUGUGGAAGUCUGUUUAUUUUUCAUGUUACACAAAUGGACUGCGAAUAUACUGUAAAGAUAACCCAGGUCUUCAGAUUUAGAGUUUUGAGGCAAGAAUUUGUGUUGGGGGUUACUGAAUAGUGACCCAAGAACA